AUUCCCAUUUUUAUUUUUAUAUAUUUAUUUUCUUUUCUUUUAUUUAUUUUCUUUCUUUUCAAAUAUACAAGAUGGAGAAUACAACAGUAUCUUCAAGUGCCCAAGAAAGUGUAAACAAGGACAGUGUUGUACUUUCUUCUAAUCUCGAUAAUCCAAUUGUAACUUCAGUAGGUGAAACAAUCUCAUCUACUAAAGGUACAACAGAUAUUAAAGAUUGGGAACAUGACGUAGAGCCUAUUCCUCGUCUUCAAGUAAUUGACGAAAACCAAAAAUUCACUGAAGAACUUCCUGAAUAUAUGAAGAAAUGGGGAUUGGCAGAGGCUGGUUUUAAGUAUAAUGUUGUCGCUGUGUUUGGUUCUCAAAGUACAGGAAAAAGUACUUUGUUGAAUAGAUUAUUUGGUACUUCCUUUGAUGAAAUGGAUGAAAAUCAACGUAAACAAACAACAAAAGGUAUCUGGUUGUCUCGUGGUAGAGGUAUGCAUGUGCUCGUCAUGGAUGUUGAAGGUACUGAUGGUCGUGAACGAGGAGAAGAUCAAGACUUUGAAAGAAAAUCUGCUUUAUUUUCAAUGGCUACAAGUGAAGUCAUUAUUCUUAAUUUAUGGGAACAUCAAGUGGGUCUUUACCAAGGCGCUAAUAUGGGACUUUUGAAAACUGUAUUUGAGGUCAAUUUACAAUUGUUUCAAAAUCAAAAAAGUAAAGAAAAGACUUUAUUAUUAAUUGUCAUUCGUGAUUUUGUUGGUGCUACACCUUUGCAAAACUUGGCAAAUACUCUGAGGACUGAUCUUGAAAAGAUUUGGGAAAGUCUAUCAAAGCCUGAGGGACUUGAAAACUGUAAAAUUACAGAUUAUUUUGAUUUUAUGUAUACUGGAUUACCUCAUAAAAUUUUGUUACCUGAGAAAUUCGAUGAAGAAGUGAAUAAACUUCGUUUAAGAUUUAAUGAUCCUAAUAAUCCUGAUUUUGUAUUUCGCCCUGAAUAUCAUAAACGUAUUCCUGCAGAUGGUUACAAUAUGUAUGCGUCUAGUAUUUGGGAUAAAGUCUUGACUAACAAGGACCUUGAUUUACCUACUCAACAAGAGUUAUUAGCUCAAUAUCGAUGUGAUGAAAUUUCAAAUGCUGCCUUUGAAGUAUUUAAAGAACAAAUUAUUCCUUUUAAAACACCUAUUAUCGAAAAAAAUCAAAUUAUUGCUGAUUUAGGUGAUCAAAUGAAGGCUUUAAGAGAACAAGCUCUCGAAACAUUUGAUAAAAGCGCAUCACGUUAUAAUCAAAACGUUUAUCAGAAGAAACGUCAGGAAAUGCUUACUAAAUUAAAUACACAAUUAGGCGUUUAUUUUAUUGGUCAGUUAAAUAAUUUACAUAAAAAGGCAGCCACAAUGUUCGCUGAAAACUUGGAUACGCAGCUAAAGAAACCUGGAUAUAACUUUGCAGAGAUUGUUAGUUUAUGUAAUAAGGAAGCUACUGCAUUCUUUCUUUCUGGUGCUAAAGCUAUUCUUUUAUCUGAUACGGAUUGGUCUUAUGAGCAUGAAGAACAAUUAUUAAAUGAAGAUCUUGCUGAUAUCUCAUUUAAAGCCCGUGCAAAGGAAUUUAAGAAGAUGAAUAAAGCUUUAGAAAAACAAAUUGAAGCUGAACUUUCAGAUCCUGUAGCACUUGAACUUAAUCGUCCUGAAGAUGAUAUGUGGCAUAGAAUUAUUGAACAAUACAAAAAGACAAUUAGAGAUGGUGAAGACUUAUUAGCCAAAAAAGCAAAAUCCUUUGAUUCAUCUAAAGAGGAAAUUACACAAUCAAUUAUUGACUUGAAAAGACAGACAUGGAUUGUACUUCGUAAAAAGGUGGAUGAAGAGUUGGCUGAUAAUUUACUAUUAUUGAAACUUCGUAAUAGGUUUGAAGAAAAGUUUCGUUAUGAUGAUAAAGGCCUUCCUAAGGUUUGGAAACCUGAAGAUGAUAUUGACUAUUACUUUAAAAAUGCAAGAGAUGAAACAUUAUCUUUGGUAAAGACCUUUUCAAAAAUUGAUUUAAGUUUAGACAAAGACUUUGAACUAGAAUCAACUGAAGAAUUUGAUUUCAAACAAUCACUUAUUAUUCUUAGUGAAGCAAAACAAAUUGAUAUUAAUAAUCGAUUUAAACGUGAAUGUGAUGCCUUUUAUUUGGAAGCUAAACGAUCUGUGGUCGCUACGACUGCCAAAGUGCCUACAUGGGUUAUUAUCAUGAUGAUCGCUCUUGGUUGGAAUGAAUUUAUGGCCAUUCUCAAGAGUCCUAUUUAUCUUGUUCUCUUCAUUCUUUGUGUUAGUGUUAGUUAUGUUGUAUAUGCUCUUAAUCUUUGGGGCCCUCUUGAACGAAUUUUCUCAUCUGUGUUUAAUGAAGUUACAAAAAUGGCUAAAACUCGAAUUGCAGAAACGGUAAAUACUACUGGUCAUGGAAGUCAGCAAUAUGCAUUAUCAGACUUUAAAGAUAAACGAGAGUAAAAUUCACAUUUAUAUGUUUUCUCUUUUUUUCUAUUUCCCUCUUUUUCGUUUUCUUUUUGCAAUGUAUAUAUAUAGAUAUAACACAUAUCAAUAAAUAUUUAUAUACGCAUUUAUAUUUAAACAAUGGU